UCAUCUUCCUUCCUUCCUUCCUUCCUUGAUUCCUUCACCAAAUCCAAUUCAACUGCUACCACAUUUGGUUACUACGUGUUUCUGCAACCUCAUUUACACUCAUCAUCAUCCCUUCACUUUCAUCUAAUUUUCAUCCAAUCGUGGUGGAUACCCUAAAUUCAUCGCCUUCUAUGUGGCGCUUCCACCACCGCCGUUGGAUUCAUACCCUCUUCUCUUCUUACAAGACCCUUUUCACACUCCUUUGGGUCUUCGGAUUCACAUCCCUUUUCCUAUGGCAACGCAACAUCGUCGAUGGCUUCUUCAUCUUCCGCCGUCCCCUCCCUUCUCGACCCUUGCCCCACCUCCGACCCUUCGCCUUUAAUCUUACGGAUUUUGGGGCUGUCGGAGAUGGCGUCACUAUCAACACCAAGGCUUUCGAAAAUGCUGUUUUUACUAUCUCUAAGCUAGGGAAGAGAGGCGGUGGUCAGCUCAAUAUACCUGCCGGGAAAUGGUUGACGGCGCCGUUUAAUCUAACAAGUCAUAUGACAUUGUUUCUUGCUGAAGAUGCUGUCAUAAUUGGCAUUGAUGAUGAAAAGUAUUGGCCUCUAAUGCCUCCUUUGCCAUCUUAUGGUUAUGGCAGAGAGCAUCCUGGACCCCGGUAUGGAAGUUUAAUCCAUGGUCAGAAUCUCAAAGAUAUUGUGAUCACAGGACAUAAUGGUACCAUUAAUGGGCAGGGUCAAGCAUGGUGGAAAAAGUAUCGUCAAAAGCUUCUUAACCACACGAGAGGCCCACUUUUGCAGAUCAUGUGGUCAAGUGAUAUUCUGAUAUCUAACAUCACUUUGCGUGAUUCACCUUUUUGGACACUCCAUCCUUAUGACUGUAAGAAUGUAACAAUCAGACAUAUGACAAUCUUGGCUCCCAUUUUUGAGGCUCCAAACACAGAUGGUAUAGAUCCUGAUUCUUGUGAGGAUAUGGUAAUAGAGGACAGCUACAUAAGCGUAGGGGAUGAUGCCAUUGCAAUAAAAAGCGGGUGGGAUCAGUAUGGAAUUGCUUAUGGGAGGCCAUCAAAAAAUAUUGUCAUUCGGAACCUCAUAGUUCGGUCUAUGGUUAGUUCUGGAAUAUCGAUAGGCAGUGAGAUGUCAGGGGGUGUAUCAAAUGUGACGAUUGAGAAUAUUUUAGUGUGGGAUUCGAGACGUGGUGUUCGAAUCAAGACAGCUGCAGGUAGGGGAGCAUAUGUGAAAGACAUCAAAUAUCGGAAUGUGACAUUUGAGAAUGUGAGAGUUGGGAUUAUCAUAAAAACGGAUUAUAACGAACACCCGGAUAUGGGUUUCAAUCGAGAGGCUUUUCCUGUGAUAAGGGACAUAAGAUAUGAGUCGAUCCAUGGAGAGGGAGUGCGGGUGGCAGUUCGUAUGCAAGGGAGUUUGGAGAUUCCUGUUAGAAAUGUGAGUUUCAGGGAUAUGUCUGUAGGGAUGAGAGACAAAAAGAAGCAUAUUUUUCAGUGUAGUUAUGUUGAGGGAGGAGUAAUAGGGAGCAUAUUUCCAGCACCAUGUGUAAAUCUUGAUCUUUAUGAUGAACAAGGACUACUUGUCAAGAAAUAUGGUUCAGCAAAUGCUUCAGACAUAGAUUAUGAUAUUUAGAAUAUGUUUUAUUUAUUUAUUUAUUUACAUUGAAGAAGAUUUGUUGUAAUGGUCUUAGAGUGCAGAAACCAAAAUAAUUAUAAAAAGUAGUGAUUAUUAAUACCAUGAUACAAUGUUGAGUGGAGUCUAUGAAUCUGAUUCCAAAAACUGAUGGUAGUGAGUCAAUUUUAUUGUUUUGA